AUGUUUGAUGAGUAUCUCCAAGGCAAGGCAUUGCGCCGUCUUUCCCGGUUCAGUUGCUCGGUGGGAUUCCUGAUCGAGGGCUACCAAGCUGGAGUCCUCGGUGGUGUACAAGAAACAAAGCCCUUCCUCAAUGCUAUCGGGAAUCCUACCGGGACGGAGACGAUUCCCAUGAUUGCGUCUUCGUAUACACUGGCGGCGGCUUUCAUGUCAUGUGUCGUUAUGCUUAUCGGGAUGCCUCUUGGUCGUCGGCGGUGCAUUAUUAUUGGUAAUGCGUUUAUUGCGGUUGGUGGUGUUGUACAGGCUGCGUCGUUCUCGGUUCCUCAGAUCAUUGUCGCUCGAGUUCUUUGCGGAUUCGGUAUUGCAUUUAUCACCUGCAAUGUUCCGAUGUACAUGUCUGAAAUGAGCGUUGAAGCCCGAGAGCGGGGCCCUGAAGUUGCAAUUAACUGCUCAUCUUUGCUCUUCGGCGUUGCCCUAUCCUACUGGAUAACAUUCGGUUUCACUCGCAUGACGAACCAGAUCUCUUGGCGCAUGCCAAUAGCCUUCCAAUGUAUAUUUGCCAUUCUCUCCGGUGUAUCAAUGAUCUUCCUCCCCGAUACACCUAGAUGGUACUAUGCCCGCGACAACAUUCCCGAAGGCGACAAAACCCUCUCCCGAAUCUACGGCGUCUACCGCAAGGGCGUCACCAACCACGGCGACGUCCCCGAAAUCCAAGCCAUGAAGCAGAAUAUCAUGGAAAACUUCCACGUCGAGGAAGAAGACAGCAAUCGCUUGACACUCCUAAGCCUCGUGUGGGACAAUACCCCGCUACGCGUUGGGCGCCGAGUGCGCAUCUCCUUUCUGAUUCUCGCUAUUCAGCAGUCUAUGGGAAUUAACAUGUUGGUCUACUAUAUGACGCUUAUUUUCACGAAUGUCGGGCUCUCGGAUUUCCUGGCUUCACUGUUGGCAGCUAUUUCCCUGACUGUUCAAUGGGUUGGAUCGCUCUUGUGUGUUGUUACUAUUGAGCGAAUCGGUCGGCGCCGGAUCAUGAUGUGGACUGCUUGUAUUGAGACGUGCUGUAUGUUGAUUUUCGUGGUUUUGAAUACCCUUCAACACAAGACUGUUUCGACGCAGUGGGCUGCCGCGAUGAUCAUGUUCCCAUAUAUGUUCUUUUACGGAUGGGGAUGGGUGGGUUGUCCGUGGCUGUAUGGUCCUGAGAUUGCACCCCUUCGUUACCGACAUAUCGGAUCUGCUGCUGGACUUCUUGGCGUGUGGCUGUUCACCUUCCUCACGGUCUUUGCAGGAGGUAUUGCUUUUGAGACCGUGGGUGCGAAGAUCUGGAUUUGGCCACUUAUUUUUAACGCUAUCGCUUUCCUGUUUGUGUACUUUAUGUGCCCUGAUCCGACUAACAAAACCCUUGAAGAAGUUGAUGCACUUUUUGCAAAGGAUGAGGCUGUUCUUAACCGUCUCAACCAUGUUGUUGAUGAGAAGGCAACAUCGGAGGAGAUUGAAGAAGCUACUUAG